AUGGCCGAGAAGCAGGCCCACGCUGGCCCUCCGGCGUAUGCAACGUCCGCGCCCGAGAUCCAGACCGACAGCAAGGAUGUCAACGCUGCCACCACCAUCACCACCACCACCACCACCAAGCCGGCCGACCGCCCGAGCAGCCUCCACGCACAGUCGGCGGGCGUCACGCGCAUGGAGGCGCUGGCGGCCGUGCUGACGCGCACCGACCGCGUCUUCUUGUUCUUUGGCGUGUUCCUGGUGGCGUACGCCUACGGGCUCGACGGCACGGUGCGCUACACGUUCCAGACGUACGCGACGGCGUCGUACGCGCAGCACUCGCUGCUGGCGGCCAUCAACGUGCUGCGGUCGGUGAUUGCGGCGGCCGCGCAGCCGACGGCCGCCAAGGUGGCCGACAUCUUUGGCCGCGUCGAGCUGGUGCUCGUGUCCAUUGUGUUUUACGUCGUGGGCACCGCCGUGCAGGCGUCGUCGAGCGGCGUCAGCGCGUUUGCCGGCGGCGCCGUGCUCUACCAGAUCGGCUACACGACCGUGAUCCUGCUCGUCGAGGUCAUCGUGGCCGACCUGACGUCGACGCGCGCGCGGCUGCUCUUCUCGUACAUCCCGGCGCUGCCCUUUGUCAUCAACACGUGGGUCAGCGGCAACGUGACGUCGCGCGUGCUGGCGGCCACGACGUGGCGCUGGGGCAUCGGCAUGUGGUGCAUCAUCUAUCCCGUGUGCUGCGUGCCGCUGCUGGCGACGCUGCUGGCCGUCGGCCGGCGCGCCCGGCGCCGCGGCCUCGUCAGCCCCUACGCGCAGUCGCUGCGCGCGCAGCAGGGCACGCGCGGGUUCGUCGUCGACCUGUUCUGGCGCCUCGACGCCGUCGGCAUCGUGCUGAUGGUGGCCGUGUUUGCGCUCGUGCUCGUGCCGCUGACGCUGGCAGGCGGCCUCACGGCGACGUGGCGCGAGGCGCACAUCAUCGCGCCGCUGGUCGUCGGCUUUGUCUGCAUCCCCGUCUUCGUCGCGUGGGAGACCCGGGCGCCGCACCCGCUCGUGCCGUUUGCGCUGAUGAAGGACCGCGGCGUCUGGGCGCCGCUCGGCAUCGCGCUGCUGCUCAACUUUGCCUGGUACAUGCAGGGCGACUACCUGUACACGGUGCUGUUUGUCGCCUUUGACUUUAGCGUCGCGGCCGCCACGCGCAUCACGUCGCUCUACUCCUUCUGCAGCGUCGUCACCGGCUUCCUGCUGGGCCUCGUCGUCUUCAAGGUCCGCCGCCUCAAGUACUUUAUCCUCGCCGGCACCGUGCUCUUCCUCGUCGCCUUUGGGCUGCUCAUCCACUACCGCGGCUCGACGACUGCGUCCGCGUCCAGCCGCGCCGGCGUCAUCGGCGCCGAGGUCCUGCUGGGCAUCGCCGGCGGCCUGUUCCCCUACCCGGCGCAGGCGUCCCUGCAGACGUGCCUCAAGCACGAGAACCUCGCCGUCAUGACGGGCCUCUACCUCGCCACGUACAACAUCGGCUCCGCCCUCGGCAACACCGUCAGCGGCGCGCUCUGGUCGCAGGUGCUGCCGCGCACGCUCGAGCGCAACUUGGCCCCCAUCAACAGCACGCUCGCCGCCGUCGUCUACGGCGACCCGCUCUCCGCCGCCGCCGCGUACCCCGUCGGCACCGUCGAGCGCACCGCCAUCAUCGAGUCGUACCAGCACGUGCAGCGGCUGCUGACCAUCACGGGCAUCGCGCUGUGCGUGCCCAUCAUCGGCCUGGCGCUGGCGCUGCGCAACCCCAAGCUCAACGACGAGCAGACGCUGGCCAAGAGCGACGACGACGAUUCUGUGAUUGCGUAG